AUGAUUUCUAAAAAGAUAUUAGACAUUCUCCCUAAAUGGAUUCCAAGUCUUACCUUUUUUGGCGCAUCUGCGGGAGCUGGUAUAUGCUAUGCAACUGAUUGGAGAUUAGUACUAGAAUACAUGCCUUAUUAUGGCGGGAAAUUUAAAACAGAAGAGGAAGCUUAG